GUUGUGUCGGCUCAGCAUGGCGUCGAUUUUAAGAAGUUCAAAGUUUGUUAGAUAUGUCGCAGGAUUUGCACGAAAUGUGGUGGUCAACACCCCAAGAGAAUUUGACGGGAACUUUGUAAAUACUUCACAAUGUUUUUGUGGUGCUUUACCCCGAAGUUUAGUUACACAAGUUUCUGGUCUAACAGAUCAACAUUUAGAAAACAGUUUAAAACGCAUUGAUCAAGAUGUAAGAAAGUCAGGGCGCAUAUCUCGAAGAGAUAUAGAAGAUGUUCUAGAAGAAAUUAGAAACGCUGGAUCUGCAUCAAGUUCACAAUCUUUACUUGUCAUAAGAUGUUGUGGAAAUUUAGUUCCAGAGGAAUUACCUGAAAUAAGAACAAAACUAGUUCAAGAAAUAUGGAAUACAUUAAAAAAGCUAAAUGUACCAAUGGAUAUUUCUCAUUAUAAUGCCCUUUUACGGGUGUACUUGGAAAAUGAACAUCCCUUUUCUCCGGCAGAAUUUUUGAGUGAACUUGAAAGCAAAGAAAUUGAGCCUAAUCGAGUAACCUACCAACGAUUAAUCGCCCGUUAUUGCCAAGUUGGAGACAUCGAAGGAGCAACAAAAAUACUGGAGUAUAUGAGAGAAAAGCAGCUUUCAGUUAAUGAAAAUGUUUUUAACGCUCUUAUCGUUGGUCAUUCUCAAUGUGGUGAUAUGGAUUCGGCUCAAGAUGUAAUUUCUGUAAUGAAUCAGGCUGGAUUGGAGCCAAGUGCCGAUACAUAUACAACGCUUCUCUGUGGAUAUGCUAAAAAGGGAGAUAUUGAAACGAUUACAAAACUGAUCGAAGAAUGCGAAUCUAAGGAAAUUUACCUUCUAGAUAAAGACUAUCUAGAUGUCGUCUAUGCAUUAGCCACCAAUGGUCACAGCCAACACAUAUCUGUUAUUUUAAGCAAAGUCCGUAAAGCAGUAGGAUAUAAUCAAGAUGCUAUUAACAUAAUUUUAAGAUUAGUUAACAAAGGAGAGGAAGAUGCUGCGUACACUGUUUUACAGUCAAUGCAUCGAGGAACUAAGGAAGAUGGCACACCUUUCCCAACAGGACACUUCUUUGUUAAACAACUUGUUAAAGCAAACAGACCUGUGGAAAAAAUUAUAGAACUUUGUUCGAGACUUCAAGAUGAAAACAUGUACGAUAGAGCGUUAUAUGUAGCAACAGAAACCAGUCUACAGUUGGGAAACGAUAAAUUGGCUUAUCCUCUCUUGGAGUACUUGCAUAGCAAAGGAUUUGAAAUCAGGCAACACUACUUCUGGCCCCUGAUCGUAUCUAAAGCUGAAGACAGUUCCGGAAAGGGCAUUAUAAAUGUUUUAAACAAAAUGAGCGACUUUAAUAUAACACCAAAUAGUGAGACUAUAAGAGAAUAUGUCAUUCCAAACCUUAAAGGUAAAAGCAGCGAAAUUUUGGCUUUGUUAAGAGAGGGGAAUGUUUCAGUAGGUUCGUCUGCCUGCAGUUUGGUCAUUUCUUUGCUACAAAGAUUUGACAUUGACGAAGCAGCAGUGAUUGCUAGACGAGUUCAAGCUUACUAUUAUCCAGAUAUGAUAAAAAGACCGCUCACCAAUGCUUUCUAUAAAUCGAAUGACUUAAAUUCGUACAUAACGAUAGUGAGGGCAGUUUAUGACAAUUUAGACAGAAAAGCGAAUGUGAAGGUUACCGAGGAAGAAGAAAUUACAGCAGUUGAUAAGUCUGAAGUUGUCGGUAAUUUAAUACUCGAUUUGGCAUCUAAUCAACGCAAUUUUCUUACCCAUAUCGAGAGUGUACUGAAAGAAUUAGUAAAACAAGGUCUGAGCCUGUCUACACCGACGGCAGAGAAAAUUGAGGAGAAACUCGGUGAAAAAAUGACUGACGAAAUUUCUAAUCUCCUAGGAAAAUUAACUUCCGGGGAAUUAACACCUGUCCAAUUAGAAAAGAAGUCUGUUAGUUAUGUCCCUUCGCACCAGAUGAACAUUCCUCAAUUGGAACAAUUGAUUCACAAUUUAACUGCGAAGAAUCAGGACACUAAAGGUCUCAAAAGACAGUUGUUGACUUUAUAUUAUCGUUCAAAGGAUCUCGAGAAAAUGGAGAAAUUACUUGAAGAUCUGAAGAAAGGCGAUUUUGUUUUUACAAGCGGCAUAUAUGCACAAUUGAUUGAUGUCUACGCUUACCACGAUAAAUUGGACAAAGCUUUGGAAUGUUAUGAAAAAUUAAAGGAAAAUGAAAAAAACAAUUUUACUUUAGAUGAAAUAAAAAUCAUCCGGUUAACGCAGUUGCUUGUAAAAUCCAAACGAUUCGAGGAAGGUAUACAAAUUUUAGAAAACACGCCAAGAGACAGAAAACAAGAAGAGAGGAACUUCGCAUAUACCGCUUUAGUCUGGAGAUUCCUUAAUUCACUUGCCGAAGAAGGCUCUGUUGAAAAACUGAACAGAGUCUUUGAUGUGUUGGUUAAGAAAGAAUUUAUCGACGUCAAUAAUGUGCUUUUGGGACCUUUGAUCAAAGUCCAUUUAACUCGAAAAGAAUUAGAUAAAGCGUUAGAGAAGUUCGAAUGGUGUGUAAAUCAAUUCAAAGCUACUCCUUGGAAAAAUGAACUAGCUUGUCAACUGAUUCAAGCUGAAGAUGCCGAGAAACUCCAAAAACUUACUGAUUUGAGCACGGCAGUACACGGUGAAGUCAACAGCUUAUACGAUCUCGUAUUUGCUUUUGUUGAAUGCGGUAGAAUCAGACAAGCUAGGAAAAUUUUAGAGACCCCUGGUUUACAAAAUCGCCCUCAAAGAAUCAACACUGCCUGUGAACGGUAUCAACAAGAAGGACUGAUUAAACCCUUGGAAGGACUAAAAGAUGCUACAAAGGAUUUAAAUCAUAUCGAUCGGUCUGAUAUCUACUAUCAACUUUUAUUAACGUACAUCAAACAAGAUGACGACGAGAAAGCUUUAGGAUUAUGGACGCAAAUGCAGGAGGAAGACAUGGCAGCAACCGAACAGUUUCUUCUUACACUUGGCAGUUAUUUGAAAAGUAAAGGCAUCCGAGUUCCGUUUAUAGUGCCUGAGGAACAACAGAUACCUAAAACGACAGAAACUAAGCCCAAAGAAGCGACGACUCAAACUAUCUUUAGACAAAAACUCAAGGCUGGAGAUGUUGAUGGAGCUCUUGAAAUCAAACGUCACAGUAAAGAAAGACUACCUGUAACUGACUUGUCCGCUCUGGUAGAAAAGCUGUUACAAAGCGGUAGAGUCGGCGAAGCUACAAAAUUAGCAUACAAUAUUAUACAGAAUGGAAAUCUUCCAGUAAAUCGAGUAUUUAGGUUUCUAUUGAAUAAGUUAGCCAGCACUGGAGAUGUUGAAUCUUUAAAUAAAAUUGGAUCGUUAAUUACCCAGGAUGUGAAAAGGAUAGUAUCGUUCGAUAACAGAAUUUGUCACGCAAAUUUAGUUGCAGGAAAAGCCGAGGAGUAUUUAAACAAUUUAGAAAAACAGAUUGAAAACUGCAGAGAUGAAAAUAUCGCUGAAGUUAGUGAACAGUUUCCACGAGGUGGCGCGUACGGUAUUUUGGAACGGCAUCCUGAGCUUGUAGAAAAGUACGAGGCCAUAGCCAUCAAAUACGCCAAAAAAGGCAACGUUGCUCCGUUAAACGUUUUGUGGACCCAUUACUUCAUUAACGGUAUUGCUGAUAAAACAGAAGAGAUCUGGAAUGUGCACUUGAAGGAUUCUCCGAGGAUCAUGUUCCAAAAAAUUGUUCAAACAGCCAGAGACAAGCAAGAUGAAGUUUUGGCAAAGAAACUAAUAGAGCAUUUAAAAAUCAGUAAUGUGACAGAAGGGGCGAUUGGAAAUGCUUACAGUUGUUUAUUGGAUGUGCUAGUUGGUAAAGAAAAAUUAGAAGAGGCUGUAGAAACAUUUGAAUCGAUCGUUAAAACUGUGAGUAUAGAAAGUAUUAAUAGAACAGCCGUUUUAAGGAUAAAAGAAGUUUAUGAAAAAUUGGGAAAGCCAUUUGAUCAUCCAGUUCCCUCAAAGACUAAAAGCACAUUGCAAAGCCAAACGUAAAUUAUUAUUUCUAUGGUAUGUCCAAAUUUUGAUAUCUGAGUGUUAUCGAGAAUGUCUUAUUUAAUGUAGGUAUACGUUGGUAAUAAAUAGUUUUGUUUUACCUUU